GACUUACAACCUAGAAAUAUGGAGAUUCCAUUUAUAAUUUUACCGAUAUGGUUAUCUCUGGUUUACGCAGAUGUAAGUGAGUUAUUGAAACACCCCUCUCCAAAGAUUGAACAUCCGUACGGUAUUCACACAGAAGUUCAAUUCGAAAAUCCGCAUAAAAUUCUGUCGGAGCUCCACCCUGUUACUCUGGAAAGAAUCUCCAAAAUUAUUUACGAAGAAAGACCUGUGGCGUCUGUGCUGGAACCAGUAGACGAGGGUUUUGAAAUCGUCCAGGCUGAACAAGUUCUCUCGGCGUUGGACGUUCGUGUUGAAUCAAAUCGAGUGAAUCGUGUCCGAGACAACCGAAUACCAUAUUACUAUGUUAUCCCGAAAGUACAACUGGUGUACAAAUCACCUUUCGAAAAUUAAGUGCA